CGCGAACAGGAAGAAAGAGAAGAGAGAGAAAGGCAAAGUUUGCAGAGAGAGAGAGAGAGAGAGAGAUGGCAUCUGGAUGGGGGAUAACGGGAAACAAAGGCAGGUGCUACGAUUUCUGGAUGGACUUCAGUGAGUGCAUGUCUCGUUGCAGAGAACCCAAAGACUGCGCUUUUCUCCGAGAAGACUAUCUCGAGUGUCUCCACCACUCCAAAGAGUUUCAACGUAGGAAUCGAGUUUACAAGGAGGAGCAACGUCAACUGAGAGCAGCUGCACGGAAGGGCAAGGAAGGUGGAGAUAUUGCUGGGCAUCAUCAUUGAUAGAGUUGUGAUUGAUUACCUUUUGGACUUUCAAUAAUAAGAAUGCAUAACUCAGUUGUAUUCGGUCUUUUUUGCCAUGCUGUUUUCAUGACCUGUUUUUGUAUCUCUUAAAUUGGAUUUAUGAGUAUCUGCAAAACGGCAAGGUAAAUUUAACUUUCCUUGCAUGUAGACACCAAUGACAUGUGCUUUUGCUGGUAAGGCAUUGAUUUUAUUAUGUGAACUACUUUUUAUUUCUUUCCA